CGCCAAGCCUGGCCGGGAAAAUUCCCUUUUCAUAGACUCUGAAUAAUGUCUGUGUGAGAACAUUCCCAGCGCACCUUCUGAAUAUCUUUAAGCGCAGACCUCAAAGGACCAGCACCGCGUCCUCCGAGUCAAAUUCGAUCACCACCGAGUUGUUAUUUCUGCUUGCUAAAUGUAGCAGCUCUCUUGGGAACGAAUUCGAAUGUCGAGAUUGUAUAUGGCGAUGAAGGAGUUGAGCGAUGCUUUCUUUUUUGUCUGCUCAUUAGAAUUCUGGAGAAUGUCCGUGUUGUGGACAUUUUCGCUUAUAUUGUCAUAUUGGCAAUUGUUUAAAGAAUAUGAGAUUCUCAAAUCCUAUCCCAGAUGUUCUCCUUCAACAUCUCCUCGUCGGCCUGUUUGCGUCAUCACUGGUGCAACAUCUGGCCUGGGUGCUGCCACUGCUCUCGCCCUUUCAAAAGAAGGAUAUUUUGUUGUUAUUGUUGGAAGAUCACACCAGUUGUUAUUGGAGACCAUAAAAAAGAUCAAAGAUUGCAAUGAAGAUGCCAAAGUGAAAGCUUUCCAGGUUGAUAUGUCAUCAAUAAAGUCCAUUGUGACGUUUAGGAAGUCCUUGCAGCACUGGCUUUUGGAAUCCGACUUGCACUGCUCAGUUCAAAUACUGAUAAACAAUGCUGGAAUAUUUGCAACAUCACAUAAAGUCACAGCUGAGGGAUACGAUCAGAUGAUUGGUACAAAUUAUAUAGGUGCUUUUGCUUUGACAAAGCUUCUAUUACCACUUCUGGAAAGCAGCCCUGUAACUUCAAGAAUUGUGAAUGUGACAUCCUUUACUCAUCGAAGUGUUAGUGAUAUACAGGUUGAUGAGAAAACUGUUUCUGGGAGAAGAUUUUUGGGCUCAAAACAAUACCCAUGCGCUCAAAUUUAUGAAUACUCUAAAUUGUGCCUACUGCUCUUCUCCUAUGAGCUUCAUCGACAGCUUAGCUCAGUGGGUAAAUCCUGUCACGUCUCUGUCAUUGCUGUGGAUCCUGGAGCUGUGCAAACCAACAUAAUGCGAGAAGUUCCUUCAAUUCUAUCUAGCUUGGCAUUCAAACUCCUAGGAAUGUUGGGCCUAUUGCAAACCCCCGAAUGUGGGAUUAGCUCUAUUAUUGAUGCAGCCCUUGCACCUCCAGAAGCAUCAGGAGCGUACUUUUUUGGGGGGAAAGGCAGGAUUAUCAGCUCUUCAGAACUUUCACGAAACCCCAAAUUAGGACGCCAACUCUGGGAAACCACAUGUAAUCUGUUAUCGCAUACCCCUUUUGGCUCUGAGGAAACAAAGAUGCUAGCAUCUGCCCUAUCAUGUACUAAGUGAACGAAAGAUAGCAUUCUUUAAUUUUCUGAAAGCAGAUGAUGGAACAGAUUUUGAAUCCUUUGGAGCAUGUGAGGUUGCAACACAAGGAUUGAGAACGUAAACAGAUCCAUUUCAUCCCUCUCCAGCUCCAAGAAUUUAAAUCCGGCAUACCAUACUUUGGAUUAAGUUCUAUGGAUUUUAGCUCUUAGAAGCUAGUGGCAUCAUAGUUUUAGACAUAAUUUAGGUGUAGCUUUUCAUCAAGUGCAUCAAUAAAAUCAUGAUAUGUGAAUAUUUUUAUUGUUCAAUACUCUUAUAUGAUGGAGAUUGAUAAUAAAUAAAAUAUGUUGUGAC